UUGUGGAUUGCUGUUGGAAUAGAUGACGGUGCUUCAAGAUCAAGUUCUGGUUGUAUUCGUCGGUUUACUUCUGAUUUUGAAAUCAGUCCAUGGCUUGGAUCCAAAUGGGAAAAACGUAUGCUCAACUCAAAUAAGUACACACCAAAGCUACUCCUCUGUAGUGUCCUACCUGACAAGUUACUAUACUUCUUGUGGAUUAUUAUGGCUGGGUAGGUGUAAAAGUUACAGAACAUGGUAUGGGUAUUCUCGUGUGUAUCGAACUGUUUACAGUAGAGGAUACGUAUGUUGUCAAGGUUAUGCAGCGCCCCCUGGCAGUGAUGAAUGUACCGAACCAUGCAGAUCAAAUAUUGCUAACUGCGAAGUCGUAGAUUGUACCAAUUCUUGGAAUUCCAUGUGCACAAAAUGCCUUUACCACAAUAAUGACGUAGUAAAAGCAUAUGAGUUAGUUAAUGGUCGGUGCAAAAAACUUUGUUCGUGGAGAAGUGAUAGUAGGUCUUGCUUUCCUGGUAGAUGUGCACCUUCAAGCAAAAAGUGUAUUUGUGACACAGACUUUGAUAUGGAUGACAACUGCAUGAAAAUUGCUGUGCCGCCAACAGUAUCAAACUGCUCAAUACAAUUGCAACAUGACAAUGGAUUCAAUAGAGUUAUUACAAGCAAUAUUCCAUGCCAGCGAUCACCCAUUUCAACAAUCUAUUCAUCCAUACAAGGAAACGGUUUUCUCGUGAAUUGGCAGACCCUGUUUUCGGCGACUGAAUAUUCAUUUCCUUAUUACGUCAACGAUUUCAGUGUGGGCGUGACUUCAGCCAUUGUCAAUUGGCAUAUUGAGAGAGGUGACAUUACAAUAUAUUCUGGAGAAAUUGAUUGUAGUUUAAACCACAAUGAAGACGACCCAAAUCCGGACAAACAUGUUUGUACACGAUAUGAACAAUUAAUGGACAAUCUUCAAAACAACGACAAGUUAAUAAUAACAGCUUCUUCAACGAAUGGCGGGUUUAUUAGACUGAACAACUACGAUUAUUCAAUGGUCGGGACAAUCCGUGAACCCGUGUACUAUGAGGGUAAAACUGUAACAAGAUAUUUGACCGUAACUGUCGACAAUGAGGCGCCAACUCACUGUUCUGUUAAUGUCACAAGUGACACGACUUGCAUUGGAUAUGCACUUGACAUCGGUGAUCCAUACACUACCUCGAGUGAGCAGAAGGUUAAGUGGUCAACAUGGGUGGACCAUAUUUCAGGAUUGACAGCAACGUCUUAUGACUGCAGAAUUUGCAAAAUGGUUGAGAAUAAUGACGUGCUUUCUUUUAAUGGCACUUGUUACAGUCUUUAUCAUUUGAAAAUUGGAAAUUAUUAUGAGGCAGACUUCGAACUAACAUCUCCAGGUGUAUACUGUACCCUGUUGACCGUUAGUGACUUUGCCGGCAACGUUCGCCAUGCUCGACGUUGCCUUGUUUUUGAUGACCAAAGUGAAAUUUCGAUCGUAGACGAUAAACCUAUGGAGCUAGUGGUUGAUGGAGAAAAGCUUAAUCUUCUAGAAUCCGAUGCAUGGACAUCUACUGAUAAAAUUAUUAGAGUGUCAUGGCAGGGCCAUUUUGUUAACCAACUACACAUAGACCAAAGUAUGCUGCACGCUAUUGAAACUAACAAUGACGUCAUUAAUAAAGCCUACGAUUCGGAUGGUUUACCAACAGGACGUACUCUAUCGUCCAUUAAUAAUCGACAUGGAAUUGUUAAGUUUGAAGUUGGUGUCGCUAAAGAUAAACUUCAGCCAGAUUGGAUGGCUUUACCAAAUGAUCUGGAAGAAACGUACCUUUAUCAAUUAAAUAAUGGAGAAGAAGCCGUUAGAUUUUGGGUUCGAGCAACGGAUAUUGUUAAUAACACACAGACAGAUUUUGUAUCAAUCCACAUUGAUUCUACACCACCCCAAUUUGAAGAUAUUGAAAUUGGUGAUCGGAAUGUUGCACAUGUGACUGCAUACGAUAAAGAAAGUGGAAUCAUGAGCCUUCACUGGCAGAUGAUUUCCAAAGAAGACAGAACCAUCUUAUCAGAAGGCUAUACAGAUGAUUUUAAAGCUACUGGCGACUGCAUUCGUACAGAAUGUUAUUGUAUACUCGACAACAAAUUUUGUUACAAAUUGAGGUUAGAUGUAACACUAACCCUAGAUGAAAGUGUUAAAGAACCGGUUGCUGUCAUAACCAUAAAAAAUAAUGCAUUACUGCCGAAAUCUUUGGAAAUUGAGGUACCUGACGCAAACGGUUUGAGCAUUGUACACAUAAUAUGCAUUGCUGGAGGUGGUGCUGUAGUGUUUGUGAUCUUCCUUGUUGUGGGCCUAGUGUUGUUAAAGAAAACUACUAAGCGACACAAUAUUGUUUGUUGCACAUGUAUUAGUUUGUCAGUUUCACAUGUGUCCUGUGAAAUUGAUUUGCCUCAAGUGUUUGGAGAUAACACUGAACAUAAUGAGGUGGAAUCUAAUCAUGUAUACGUGCCCUAUUUGUCAACAAUGAAAGAAGACGAGUAUGGCGUACCAUUUGCACAAGAAAACAAUACAGUAAAUGAGAUGCACCCGGACGAUUUACACAAAUAUAACGUAAUCCUGGAAGGAAACCAUUCCCGGGUGUGUAGAGGUAAAGUUCCCAGCUUUGGUCUAACAAACGUCGUUAUCAAGACUCUAAAAGAGGAUCAUAAUGUCAAGGAAAAGGAAAGAAUGUUGCACGAAAUAAAGAUGAUGAGGCUGUUGCCAUGGCGUGAAAACAUUAUCCGAUUACUUGGCUUUACAAGCAUCAGGGGUGAUACCCUGUUGGGUUCUUGUUGUAAAAGGAUGAUGGCGCUUCAAGAUUUGGUUUCGGUUGUAUUCGUCGGAUUAUUCCUGAGUUUCAAAUCCACACCUGGUUUGAAUCAAAAUGGGGAACACGUAUGCUCAACUCGAAUUGGUACAAGUCAAACCUAUUCCGCUCUUGCGUACUACCAGUCAAGCACCUCGACAUCUUGUGGGUUUCUAGGGUGGGGUAGGUGUACUAGGUACAGAGCACAGUCUCGGUAUUCUAGUGCAUAUCGAACUGUUUACAAUACAAGAUAUGUCUGUUGUCCGGGUUAUGCAGCGCCCCCUGGCAGUGAUGAAUGUACUGAACCUGUAUGUUCACCCAAAUGUGUUCACGGAACCUGCGAAGGCCCUAAUAUAUGUACAUGCAACCUAGGGUACCAUGGACCAAAAUGCGAAUAUACUUGCAAUUCAGAAAUUGAUAAUUGCGAAAUGAUAGACUGUACUUCACCUUCUAACUUCAUGUGCACAAAAUGUCUUUACCACAUCAAUGACGAAAUAAAGGCCUUUAACUUAGUUAAUGGUCGGUGCACCCCAAUUUGUUCUUGGCGUAAUGAUAGUAGGUCUUGCUAUCCUGGUAAAUGUGCUUCUUCAAACAACACUUGUAUUUGUGACGCAGACUUUGAUUUGGAUGACAACUGCAUGGAAAUUGCUGUGCCGCCAACAGUAACGAACUGCUCGAUACUGUUGCAACAUGACAAUGGAUUCAAUGGAAUCUAUACAAGCAAUAUUCUAUGCCAGCAAUCAACAAUCUAUUCAUCAAUAAAAGGAAAUAGUUUUCUCGUGAAUUGGCAAACUCAGUUCUCGGCGACUGAAUAUCCAUUUCCUUAUUACGUCAACGAUUCCAGCGUUGGCGUGACUUCAGCAGUUGUUAAUUGGCAUAUUGACAGAGGUGGCAAUAUAGUAGAUUCUGGAGAAAUUGAUUGUAGUUUGAACCACAAUGAAGACCACCCGAAUGAGGGCAUACAUGUUUGUAUACGAUAUGAACAAUUAUUGGACAAUCUUCAAAACAAUGACAAUUUGAUAAUAACAGCUUCAUCAACUAAUGGAGGAUUUCUUCGACUGAACAACUACGAUUAUUCAAUGAUCGGGAUAGGUGGUGAUCCCGUGUACUAUGAGGGUAAAACUGUAACAAGAAAUAUGAGCAUAAUUGUCGACAUUGAUGCACCAUCGCACUGUUCUCUUAAUGUCCCACGUGAUACGACUUGCAUUGGAUAUGCACUUGACAUCGGUGAUCCAUACACUACAUCGAGUCAGUUGAAGAUUAAGUGGUCAACAUGGAUAGACCAUAUUUCAGGAUUGACAGCAACGUCUUAUGACUGCAGAAUUUGCAAAAUGGUUGCAAAUAAUGACGUGCUUACUUUUAAUGACACUUGUGACAGUCUUCUUUAUUUUCAAAUUGGAAAUUAUUAUGAGGCAGAGUUUGAGCUAACCUCUCCAGGUGUAUACUGUGCUUUGUUGUCCGUUGGUGACGUUGCUAGCAACAUUCGUCUUGCUCGACGCUGCCUUAUUUUUGAUGACCAAAGUGAAAUAUCGAUUGUAGAUGACAAACCUAUACAGCUAGUGGUUGAUGGAGAAAAGCUUAAUCUUCUAGGAUCCAACGCAUCGACAUAUGUUGAUAAGGAUAUUAAAGUGUCAUGGCAGGGUCAUUUUGUUAACAAACUACACGAGGACCAAAUUAUGUUGCACGCCAUUGAAAUCGACAAUGACGUCAUUAAUGAAGCCUACGAUUCGGACGCCUUACCUGCAGGGCGUACUCUAUCAUCCAUUAACAAUCGACAUGGAAUUGUAAAGUUUGAAGUUGGAGUUGCUAAAGAUGGACUUCAGCCAGAUUGGAUGGCUUUACCAAAUGACCUGGAAGAAAUGUUUGUUUACCAAACAAAUAAUGGAAAAGAAACCAUUAAAUUUUGGAUUCGAGCGACGGAUGUUGUUAAUAACACUAAAACAGAUUUUGUUUUAAUCCACAUUGAUUCUACACCACCCCACGGUUUGAGUAUUGGACAAAUAAAUGGCAUUGUUUUAGGUGUAGUGUUUUUUAUUCUUCUUGUAAUAGGCCUAGUCCUGUUCAAAGCAAGUAGUAAGCGGCAGAACCCUAAAAAAUUUGAAGAUAACACGGGAAAUGAAAAUUCAGCCGACACCAAUGAGUUGGAACCUAAUCCAUAUGCCACUUCACAUUGCCAUCCGCCUGAAUAUACACCCUAUCUGCCAACUUCAAUGAAGGGGCUAGUAGAAGAUGAGUAUAUUGUACCAUUUUCACAAGGAGUAGUCAUGCAAGAAAACAAUUCAGCAAAUGAGAUUCAUCCGGACAAAUUACGUAAAGAUGACGUAAUUCUCGAAGGAAACCAAUCCCGGGUGUAUAGAGGUAGAGUUCCUAGUCUUGGUCUAACAAAUGUCGCAAUUAAGACUCUAAGAGAGGAUCAUAAUGUCAAGGAAAAGGAAAGAAUGUUACACGAAAUAAGGAUGAUCAGACUGUUGCCAAGGCAUGAAAACAUUAUCCGAUUACUUGGCUUCACAAGCAUCAGGGAUCCAGUUGCAUUGUUAAUGGAGUUUGCUCCUUAUACAAAUCUCUCAAAAUAUCUACAAUCACUUUCCGAAGAACCGCUGUACGAUAACCAAAUUGAGGAAAUAUCAUCUGCUCGGCUGUAUCAUCCACAGAAAUCUUGGAGCAAGAAAUAUCUUGGUUGGUGA